AUGGCUUCCCUUUUCCCAUCUUCAUCGUCCACCACCUCAACCACCAUUCCCACGUCGAUCACCUCUUCCUUCUUUCCGAAAAGAUCCCAACUUUCCAUAAUCAGGAACCCAAAGCAUGGAGUUUCAUGCAAAGCCGUUAAUGGCGACAAAUUUGAUCGAAGAGAUGUCCUCAUUGGCCUCGGUGGUCUUUACUAUGGAGCAACUACCCUCGGAGAUGCAAUGGCUGCACCGGUUUUGGCCCCGGAUUUCGAAAAAUGUGGCCGUGCGGAUGUACCCGAAGGCGUUGGAUUGACCGAUUGUUGCCCGCCAGUUUCGCGAAAGAUCGUCGACUUUAAACCGCUGUUGUCGAAUUCACGGUUACGAGUCCGACCGGCAGCGCAUUUAGUCGACGACGAGUACGUGUGGAAAUAUUCCAAGGCGAUCGAGCUUAUGAAAGCUCUACCGGAUGAUGAUCAACGUAACUUCAUGCAACAAGCUAAUGUCCAUUGUGCUUAUUGUGAAGGUGCUUAUGAUCAAGUGGGGUUCCCUAAUCUUGAGCUCCAAGUUCAUAGUUCAUGGCUUUUCUUCCCCUUCCAUAGAUAUUAUUUGUACUUUUUCGAGAGAAUUUUGGGUAACUUGAUUGAUGAUCAGACGUUCGGCUUGCCGUUUUGGAACUGGGAUUUACCGGCCGGUAUGCAAAUGUCCCGCAUGUAUUCGGAUCCGAACUCGAGCUUAUACAAUGAGCUACGAAACUCACGGCAUUAUCCACCAACAAUGGUGGACCUCGGUUUCAAUGGCAACGACGUAACAACAACAAACAAAGCACAAAUACAAAGCAAUCUUAGAAUCAUGUAUAGGCAAAUGUUUUCAAAUGGCAAAACGCCUAGUCUCUUCCUCGGUGGACCUUUCCGAGCAGGCGACGAGCCGUAUGGAGGCUCGGGUUCGGUUGAAAACGUGCCACAUGGACCUGUUCAUGUAUGGUGUGGUGAUGAUAAGCAACCAAAUGGUGAAGACAUGGGAACAUUUUACUCUGACGCGAGAGAUCCUAUUUUCUACGCUCAUCACUCGAAUGUGGAUCGGACGUCGAGUAUCUGGAAGACAAUCGGAAACCGGAAUCGAAAAGAUUUCAACGACCAAGAUUGGCUUAACUCGUCGUUUCUCUUCUACGACGAGAAUGCGAAUCUGGUCCGUGUUAAAGUCCGAGAUUGCCUCGACCAUCGACGCUUGGGUUACGUUUAUCAAGAUGUUGAGAUUCCAUGGCUGAAGGCAAAGCCAACGCCUUCCCGGAAGCAGCCAUCAAAGGGCGGUCCAGGGAUUGCAUUAGCAGCAGAAAUCAAUGAACAAAAGCUCGUUUCCGGCAAUGAAUCAUUCCCGGUCGUUUUGGAUAAAACCGUGAGGGUAAACGUGGAAAGGCCGAAGAAAUCGAGGAGCAAGAAGGAAAAGGAAGAGGAGGAGGAAAUACUGGUGAUUGAGGUGGAGUUGAAGGGAGAUUUGUUCGAGAAGUUCGAUGUUUAUGUGAACGUGGAGGAUGAAGCGAACAUCGGACCCGACAACACUGAGUUUGCGGGGAGUUUUGUGAAUGUUCCACACAAGCAUAGACAUGGGAAGACAUUGAAGACAUGUUUGAGAUUGGGGUUAAGUGAUCUGUUGGAAGAUUUGGGAGCUGAAGACGAUGAUAGUGUUAUGGUUAUUUUGGUGCCAAAAUGCGUGAAUGGAAAUGUCAAGAUUGAUGGCAUCAAGAUUGAGUUUGAUAAUUAAUCACUUGUUAUUGCUCGCUUGGAAUUUGAGAAAAAUCGUUGUUUUUUCU